UGAAGAGAAAACCGAAUCUGAAAACCCUAAUCUAAUCGAGAGAUCUCCUCGACAGCCCUUCCAUUACCUUCUUCCCCUCUUAUAUUAAUCCCCCCUUCCCCUCAUUGUCACCCACCAACUCCAUUCUCAUUUCCUCUCUCUCUACCUCCUCUCAAUUCUCUUGCUGGAUCGAUCGAUUGAUUCGGGCGGUUCUCGGCUCCGCUCUCUCUCACCCCUCCAAUCAAUCAACCUGCUUGAUCGGAUCGGAACCGAUCGAUCACCGCAACGGCGUUGUGAAUGGUAGAAAUCUCGAGCAGCAGCAGCGGCAGAUUGAUGCUCUCCCUUCCCCAGCUAAGGGCGAGCACUCUUGUCUUUGCGUUCGGAUCCUGCAAGGAGGGCUGGUACUACCGCUGUAUCGGCGUCGACCCGUGAGACCCUUCUUCCGCCCACCGCUCUCCGCCCGGCUCGGAUCGGCUGAUCCCUUCGUCUUCUUCUUCUUGUUCUAUUCUAGAAAGAUCGCCCCGUUUUUCGUUUUUCCGGUAGACACGAUGUUGCUCAGCAAGCAGAAGAAGAACCAGAGCCCCAGGGGCAACAGGCUCCUUGUUAGUAUCACCGUCAUGGGGAGCGCGGGCCCGAUCCGCUUCGUCGUGAAUGAGGAGGAACUCGUCGCGGCCGUCAUCGACACGGCUCUUAAGUCCUACGCACGGGAGGGGAGGCUUCCGGUCUUGGGUUCCGACCUCGACGAUUUCCUGCUCUACUGUCCCAAUUAUGGAUCUGAUGCUUUGAGUCCCUGGGACACGAUUGGAUCUCAAGGCGCACGGAACUUCCUGCUAUGCAAGAAGCCGCAGAGCGAGAGGACCGACGGCGAAAGAUCAGCAGCUGCAAUCACCCGCAAGGGUGGGUUAAGCUGGAAGUCAUGGAUCAACAAGUCAUUCAACCUCAAAAUUUCUUCCCACUGAAGAGACUAAUGAGAAAAAGCAGUUUCCUCCGUGAAAGUCCUACUUCGAAUCCUGUGAGCCUCUCUACAUUCGGCGUGUGCGAAACGAGGAAGCCAGCAUUACUUGUUUCGAAUCCUCCAGAGGUCUACAGAAUCCAGCAUUACUCUUUAGAUUGUAUGGCAGUGUUAGAAUUGUUAGUUCUGUUUACAUCUUCUUGGGUCAUUCCAUAGUUUCAGCCAGUCAAAAUUGUUGCCGUCUGAUUUUCUCUUCGACUUUCGAGUUGUCUUAAACAUUCUUUAAUGAAUGCUAUGGUCUCUUAUUAGUUUUGUUCGACCUUGAGCUUCUGUACCUGGUAAUAUGAGCUCCGGAUUAUCGAACUUCAGAUUGAGUUCAAAUG